CCGAACCAACAAACGACAAUAAAAACAAGUCCACGCAGUUUCCACCUUCAGUCAGCCUCUUCUGUACGACACUCCCCAAAUCACCUCAGGAAAAUCCGUUUGCUAGAAAGAAGAAAAUGGGUUUAGUUGAAGAAGCACACAACGUGAAAAUUGUAGGCUCGGGUAACCAAACUAUAGUACUAGCCCACGGGUUUGGAACUGAUCAGUCGGUUUGGAAGCACCUUGUACCACAUCUGCUUGACGAUUAUCGGGUCAUACUGUUUGAUAAUAUAGGCGCCGGAACCACCAACCCCGAUUACUUUGAUUUUGAAAGGUAUUCGACACUGGAAGGGUAUGCCUAUGACGUGAUUGCAAUACUGGAGGAGCUUCGGGUUCAGUCGUGUAUAUUCGUGGGGCAUUCUGUAUCCGCUAUGAUUGGGGCUAUUGCUUCGAUAACCCGACCCGAUCUUUUUACCAAACUUGUCGCCAUCUCUGCUUCGCCGAGAUACUUGAAUGAUACAGACUAUUACGGAGGAUUUGAACAAGAAGAGAUUCAAAAGUUAUUUGAAGCCAUGCAAUCAAAUUACAAGGCAUGGUGUGAUGGAUUUGCUCCUCUAGUCGUAGGAGGUGAUAUGGAAACAAUGGCAGUCCAAGAAUUCAGCAGGACAUUAUUCAACAUGAGACCCGACAUAUCAUUAAGCGUAGCACAAACCAUAUUUCAAAGUGAUAUGAGACAUUUGUUGCACCAUGUCACUAUACCUUGUCACAUAAUUCAGAGUAUGAAAGACUUAGCUGUUCCGGUGGUGGUUUCUGAGUACCUCCACCAGAACCUUGGUGGUCAAUCCAUAGUAGAGGUGAUGCAAACUGAUGGUCACCUACCUCAAUUGAGCUCGCCGGACAUUGUAAUUCCUGUGCUUCUUAGGCACAUUCGUUUUAGCAUUGCUACUUGAUUACUUUAUUUACUUGUCUUUCUUGGUCUCUUCUUGGAAAAGUAUUUUCGAAGACAAGAUGUGCAACACUAGGCGUUGUUGUCAAGUGCUCUUAUGACAUCAUUUGUGUAAAUCUGUAAGUGUUUCUCUUAUUUAAAAAGUUUUUAAUUAAGUAUUACAAAUUUCACUUGA